UCCUCCUUGUCCUCCUCUGGGUGAUCACAACAAUGGAGAGCAAAUCACCCUCCACCUCAUGCGUCAUCAGCCCGGCGGCCACUCUCACCAUGUCAGCCGGCGAGAGCAGCUGGGCCAUGCACAUCGCCAACUUCCUGGCCUCCACGCCGCAGGACGGCACCAGAGUGACGGACGGUCAGCAACCCCCUGCAGUUCCUGGCGGCAGCGGCAGCAGCUUCUCCUCUUCUUCUUCCUUCGAUUCCUUUAGCGACGACGCCUCCUUCAUCACGUCCGAGUUCAUGUGCAACGACGACGAGGAUGACGACGAGUCCGUGAAGGACACCGCCUGCAGUUCUUCUGCAGCUGCCCAACAGAAGGCUACCAUGGAGAACUUCCACAUGAAGCAAAUGGCAGCCACCGAUGCGAAACAGUUCAACGACAUGCCCCAGCUCAUGGUAUAUAUGCUUGCUCUACAGCUUCCACAUCUAGUUCUUGGAGAUCGGCGUUGUUGUACUUACACCUGUUUUCUUCUUCUUUUCGAAUGCUGCAGGCCAAGUACUUGGAAGCUAUGAGUUCAAAGCAGCAGGUGACGACCGGCGCCGACCAUCAAGCCGCCAUCAGUAGUUCUAGCGCCG